ACUAUGUGUUAUAUAUGUACCCAGGGAUCAUAAUAGGUGCGUACAGCUUCCCUUCCCUUGCCUUGAGAGCCCUUACACAGCUUAGGGAGGGAGAGCUGCACCGAAAGCUUGCUUCUACCUCCUCGACUCAUCUAAGUACAUAUCUGCCUAUAUACAAUGUAUGUUUCUAGGUCCUCUGCCAAGCAGUACCUACUCAUAGCUGCUACCUCGUUUCUGCUCUUCGAUGGGCAUCUUUGUGGGUAUCUUUGCUGGUCUGCUGACCUGCGCAUAUCCUCAGCUCUCUUACUUGAUAUGGCCAGUGCAAGGCCACGUGCCCCGCAGAUCCAGGCAGAGAGCUCAUGCACUCCAUCUUUCUUCCUGCUACCAGUAUUAACUAAACUAUGCCAUGUACGUGCCGAUAUUAGUAUUUCCUGGUGUGGCCUUGACGCUCUUUGUGCUGUGGUGAAGAUGCCGGGCCUGUAGAAAAGAUGCUACUCACUGAUACAUAAUACAUACAGGCACUCAGGCAUCUUAGCUGUUAAUCUUUCUGCACUUCACCGUUCAGGUUGGGGGGUUCAUAUCUAGUCAACACCCCUGCUUG